UCAGUAUAUAAAAAUCAGUCUCAUACGACGUUUCGCUCCUUACAGACGCUUCAAAAUCGCUCAACAGCGAAAGCAACCGACCACGUGUAUUAUGCGCCCGUGGAUAGACUAUCGAAUUACAAUAGUGUAGUCAGAAGUGUACCGUGUGUGUCGUGAAACCAGUUCUCUUUGAUGAAAUAAUAACAGUCGCGAUUUACAUAAUGUCGUCUUACCAUCGGAAAACAGUAAUCGCGCUUGUUUUUGUGCUGCAAGGUGCAGUUGUAUGGCGGUCAAAUGUAGCGCUAGAAUCGGCGCAAUCAGAUCAAGAGCAGCACGCUGCUAGUAAACGGUCGUCAGUAUUCCAUGGAAGCCUUUUUUCGUCAAAUCCAAAACCUUCUCUAAGCGUGCCAUCAAGUGUAGAUUUUUCCGUACUCGGAGAAGAGAAAUUAUUGGACACAAGUGAUUUGUUGAAUACACAAUACUAUACUGACAUUCAUGAUUCUGACAGCAAGUGCAGCGUUGAUAAGUUUGCAUUUAACCAUGAGGGCACUGUAACCUAUGAACAUGAUUUGCCGUCAUUGCAACAGUUUACCGUAUGCGCAUGGAUGCGUUUUACAAAUCACACCGGCGAUCAUACCAUCGUUACUUAUUCAGUGCCUGAUGAACCAAGAGAGAUUCAACUUUGGAUAGCUAAUGCCCGCGAAAUGAGUUUCAUCAGCCUUGCAGUGCAUGGACAAUCACUUUUCAGAUUGAAUUAUCCAUUCCGAAUGCGUAAAUGGCAUCACACAUGUGCUUCUUGGAACGGCAAAACCGGAGAAUGGCAAUUGUGGGUCAAAUCAGAAAGAGUUGGACGAGGAUUCCAUAACCGGCUGGUAGACCAUGAAAUUAAACCCCAUGGAAAGCUAUUUUCCGGAGGUCCGUCUAUAACUGGUCCAACUGAUACAGACUUGCACUUUGAAUUGACGAUGGUACAACUCUACAAGGUAGCUUUGAGCGCCGGAAAAGCUCAUCGCGAUCACAAACAUCACCACGUCCAUCACUUUGAUCACCACGGAGGAGAAGUAACACCAGCUCCACCAGCGCCAACAUUACCGCCAGCCACUCAACCUCCGAACCCAUUGCUUGCGAAUGGCCAAAUUCCGACAAGCGUAAAAAUAAAUUUUGCUCAAAAUCAGCCGUCUACUGGAAAUCUAGGUGUUCCAGUGAAAGGUUUACCAUCACAACUAAUUGGAGGUUUCGUACCAUCAGACGCAGCGACGAUUACUACUUCGUUCAAGAGCGGCCAGUUCCACAUCGGUGGGCGAAAUUUGCAACAGCAAUUGGCAAUUGGAAACAUUCUAGACAAAUUGAAAACCAACUUUGUAAGCUCCAAAGCAGUUCAUAGUGAGAUAGUUUUCCCCGAUGAUUUCCAAAAACAAACAUCAACAUCUUACAUUGAUUUGAACAAUCCGGCAAAUGUACAAAUCAUAGAUGAAACUCGCUCCCAGAAGAUCUUUAAGCGCGAAACCAAUGAUAAGGAUGAUAAAAAGUUGCAGAAACGUGGAUUGGUCUUACUGAAGGACGGCACAAUUGUCGACGAUGAAGGAAAAGGUAGCGAGUACAUUUUUGAUGGGUUAGCUGAGUUUGGUCUGCCUGACUUUAAAAACAAGCUUGGUAAAGAAACUGACAUUGAAAGUGAAAUUCGUGAACACGAUCGAGAGCCAGCAGAAGGUGAGGUUGGUGCCAUAAUGAAUUUGUGUACAAAAUGCGGCGAAGAGCCAUUUGCUGGAGCAAUUGUUUUUGCUUGGAAAAACCUUAGACUACAUAUGGAACAGGCGUUGCGAGCUAAGGCAUAUCUUGUUUGUGGACAGUUUUAAAUUAUUGCUUGAUAUUAAAUAAAAAUGAUCAUGCUCUCGAAAAAAAACAGGUAUACUGGUAUAC